UAGGAAGCCAGGACUAAUUCAGCACAAGAGAAUCUUUAAAUUGUGGAAAUCUCAACCACUUGGAAAAAGUUCAGCUACUGAAGAUACCUCUCCUAUUGAGUGAAGAAUUGCAAUUUGUAGACUAAUGGGGCGUGGCGGUAACAGUGGGAACAGAUCACAAGAACCACCUAAUGGGGAGAACCUUGAAAGCUGGUUGCCCAUCACUGCAUCUAGGGAAGCAAAGUGGUGGUACUCAGCUUUUCACAAUGUAACAGCUAUGGUGGGUGCUGGAGUGCUAGGCUUGCCAUUUGCUGUAUCCCAGCUUGGAUGGAGUGCAGGGAUUAUUAUACUCGUAGUGUCAUGGCUUGUGACAUUUUACACACUCUGGCUACUUGUGGAGAUGCAUGAACUUGUACCGGGGAAGAGGUUUGAUCGAUACUUUGAUUUGGGUGAGAACAUUUUUGGGCCCAAAGUUGGAUUCUGGAUGGUAAUGCCACAGCAGCUAACAGUUCAGGUGGCUUCCACUAUUGUGUAUUGUGUCACUGGUGGGAAGUCCCUGAAGAAGUUCUGUGAUAUGACUUCAUUCUUGGGUGGAAUUAGACAGACAUAUCACAUUCUCAUCUUUGUGGUCCUGCAAUUAGGCUUUUCACAAAGUCCUAACUUCAACACCUUGAAAGGAAUUUCUUUGUUGGCUGCAAUCAUGUCUAUCGGAUAUUCCAUGGUGGCAUUUGUCACAUCUAUUGUGAAGGGGAUCGAUCAUCAUCCUAGUCAUUACGGUGUUCGAUCGCAUACCACUCCUGGGAAGAUCUUUGACAUUUUCAAUGCGCUAGGAACCAUAGCAUUUGCAUUUGCAGGACACAGUGUGGUUUUAGAGAUUCAAGCUACAUUGCCCUCGACAGAGGAAACACCUUCCAAAAAACCAAUGUGGCGAGGUGUGGUAGCUGCAUACUUGAUAGUGAUUUCUUGCUAUCUUUUAGUUGCAAUAUCUGGUUUUUGGGCAUUUGGAGAUCUUGUAGAAGAUGAUGUCCUUCUCUCACUUGAACAUCCCAAUUGGGUUAUUGCUGCUGCUAACCUCAUGGUAUUCAUUCAUGUUCUAGGAAGCUUUCAGGUUUUUGCAAUGCCGGUUUUUGAUACAAUCGAGUCAUCUUUGGUGCAAAGGUGGGAUUUUAGUCCAUCAAGGACCCUUCGUGUUGUUGCUCGAAGCCUGUUUGUAGCUGUGGUAGGAUUUGUAGCUAUAUGCAUUCCAUUUUUUGGAGGAUUGCUAGGGUUUUUUGGAGGACUAGCAUUCACAUCAACAUCAUACAUUCUUCCUUGUGUAUUAUGGCUUGGAGCAAAAAAGCCAAAGCGAUGGAGCUUUCAUUGGACUGCAUCACUAAUUUGCACGAUUGUCGGCAUUUUAAUAGCAAUCGUUGCACCUAUCGGAGGAAUACGAACAAUUAUUGUUUCCGCAAAGACUUAUAGGAUGUUUUCUUGAUUAUGAGAUUUAUAUCAUUAAUAGCUAUGUAAUACAAUAUUUUUAAUUUUGUAGAACUCUUUUGUUUAGAUCAGCUUAUCCGCAGAAAUUUUAGUUGCGAUGAUAUCAACAUUUGUAAAUAAUUCUUAAGAUUCUAGCAUGCUACUAAUAUGGAGAGUAAGAUUGACUAGGAAAAACAUCAUGUAUUUGCUUUCAAUUUGUAGCUACAUUUUUGUUUACCUAUGGUCAAGCCAUGCAAUGGUGGAAUAAAUUAUGACUUCUUAUUUUUUUUUAGCAGUUAAUACUUAAUAUCAUAUUUUGUGAAGUUUUUUUUUUUCAAAGUCAUGUAUAUUAAAAUUUCACUCACUUAACUAACCUUUAAAAAAAAGUUUUUAAAGGUUGAGAGGAGCUAGUAAGGUUGAUUUCUAAAUGGAAAUAUGAGGAGACAUCCAUUGUAUCUUGGUUAUCUGCUCUGGUUGAUUUGCAUGGACUUUUUUCAUUAUUGUUCCUUCAAGCCAAGGUGUGAUAUUAACAAUGAUACCUUGCAUGGAUGACAAAUAUCCCCAGUGCCAUAAUUGCGUCGACCUCAUAAUUGUUUUCACCGAUUUUAUGCCAA